GAAGAGUACACUUAAGUUGAAGACACAACACUUGAUCUGAAACAAGAAGUUUGUGCCUACUCAACAGCUUUGAAAGAGCACUUCCCAACGCUGCUAGUAGUCUUUGUUUUCUUCAGUGCUGUACUGUGAGAUUGCCUGGUGCAGCAGCAGUUGUAUUCUUUAUUAGCUUGAUAGGUCAUUUUCUCUCGCACGCGCGCUCUCUUCUUUUCUUUUCUUUUUUUUUUUUUAACACUAGCAACUUUCAUCCUUUGAAACGUGUGCUGAAAAAGAAGAAUCAGCAAAUACUACUGAAAGUGCAAUAUUUGAUUAUCACUGCGAGAUGAGCUUUGAUCCAAAUCUUCUCCACAACAAUGGGCAUAAUGGGUACCCCAAUGGUACUUCAGCAGCACUUCGUGAAACUGGGGUUAUUGAAAAACUGCUAACCUCUUAUGGAUUUAUUCAGUGUUCAGAACGUCAAGCUAGACUUUUCUUCCACUGUUCACAGUAUAAUGGCAACCUGCAGGACUUAAAAGUAGGAGAUGAUGUUGAAUUUGAAGUAUCAUCUGACCGGCGGACUGGGAAGCCCAUUGCUGUUAAACUGGUGAAGAUAAAACAAGAAAUCCUCCCUGAAGAACGAAUUAAUGGACAAGAAGUGUUUUAUCUGACUUACACCCCUGAAGAUGUUGAAGGGAACGUUCAGCUGGAAACUGGAGAUAAAAUAAACUUUGUAAUUGAUAACAAUAAACAUACUGGUGCUGUAAGUGCUCGUAAUAUUAUGCUGUUGAAAAAGAAACAAGCUCGCUGUCAGGGAGUAGUUUGUGCCAUGAAGGAUGCGUUUGGUUUUAUCGAAAGAGGUGAUAUUGUAAAAGAGAUAUUCUUUCACUAUAGUGAAUUUAAGGGUGACUUAGAAACCUUGCAGCCUGGAGAUGACGUGGAAUUCACAAUCAAGGACAGAAAUGGUAAAGAAGUUGCAACAGAUGUCAGACUAUUGCCUCAAGGAACAGUCAUUUUUGAAGAUAUCAGCAUUGAACAUUUUGAAGGAACUGUAACCAAAGUUAUCCCAAAAGUACCCAGUAAAAACCAGAAUGACCCAUUGCCAGGACGCAUCAAAGUUGAUUUUGUGAUUCCUAAAGAACUUCCCUUUGGAGACAAAGAUACGAAAUCCAAGGUGACCCUGCUGGAAGGCGACCAUGUUAGGUUUAAUAUUUCAACAGACCGUCGUGACAAAUUAGAACGAGCAACCAACAUAGAAGUUCUAUCAAAUACAUUUCAGUUCACUAAUGAAGCCAGAGAAAUGGGUGUAAUUGCUGCCAUGAGAGAUGGUUUUGGUUUCAUCAAGUGUGUGGAUCGUGAUGCUCGUAUGUUCUUCCACUUCAGUGAAAUUCUGGAUGGGAACCAGCUCCAUAUUGCAGAUGAAGUAGAGUUUACUGUGGUUCCUGAUAUGCUCUCUGCCCAAAGAAAUCAUGCUAUUAGGAUUAAAAAACUUCCCAAGGGCACGGUUUCAUUCCACUCCCAUUCAGAUCAUCGUUUUCUGGGCACCGUAGAAAAAGAAGCCACUUUUUCCAAUCCUAAAACCACUAGCCCAAAUAAAGGCAAAGAAAAGGAGGCUGAGGAUGGUGUUAUUGCUUAUGAUGAUUGUGGGGUGAAAUUGACUAUUGCUUUUCAAGCCAAGGAUGUGGAAGGAUCUAAUUCUCCUCAGAUAGGAGACAAGGUUGAAUUUAGUAUUAGUGACAAACAGAGGCCUGGACAGCAGAUUGCAACUUGUGUGCGACUCUUAGGUCGUAAUUCCAACUCCAAGAGGCUCUUGGGUUAUGUGGCAACUUUGAAGGAUAAUUUUGGAUUUAUUGAAACAGCCAAUCAUGAUAAGGAAAUCUUUUUCCAUUACAGUGAGUUCUCUGGUGAUGUUGAUAGCCUGGAACUGGGGGACAUGGUCGAGUACAGCUUGUCCAAAGGAAAAGGCAACAAAGUCAGUGCAGAAAAAGUGAACAAAACGCACUCAGUGAAUGGCAUUACUGAGGAAGCUGAUCCCACCAUCUACUCUGGUAAAGUCAUUCGCCCCUUGAGGAGUGUCGAUCCAACACAGACUGAGUACCAAGGAAUGAUUGAGAUCAUGGACGAAGGGGAUAUGAAAGGUGAGGUCUAUCCAUUUGGCAUAGUUGGGAUGGCCAACAAAGGGGAUUGCUUACAGAAAGGGGAGAGUGUCAAGUUCCAGUUGUGUGUCCUGGGCCAAAAUGCACAGACUAUGGCCUACAACAUCACACCCCUGCGUAGGGCCACAGUGGAGUGUGUGAAAGAUCAGUUUGGCUUCAUUAACUAUGAAGUAGGAGAUAGCAAGAAGCUCUUUUUCCAUGUGAAAGAAGUUCAGGAUGGCAUUGAGCUACAGGCAGGAGAUGAGGUGGAAUUCUCAGUGAUUUUUAAUCAGCGCACUGGCAAGUGCAGUGCUUGUAAUGUUUGGCGAGUCUGCGAGGGCCCCAAGGCUGUUGCAGCUCCACGACCUGAUAGGUUGGUCAAUCGCUUGAAGAACAUCACCCUGGAUGAUGCCAGUGCUCCUCGCCUAAUGGUUCUUCGUCAGCCAAGGGGACCAGAUAACUCAAUGGGAUUUGGUGCCGAAAGAAAGAUCCGUCAAGCUGGUGUCAUUGACUAACCACAUCCACAAAGCACAUCAUUAAUCCACUAUGAUCAAGUUGGGGGGAUUCUGGUGAAGGGUUCUGAAUAUCUCCCUCUUCAUCCCUCCCAAAAUCUGGAAUACUUAUUCUGUUGAGCUGUUACACCAGUUUUAACACCUUCCUCGUGUUAUGUUUAAAAAAAUAAAUUUAAGAAAACCAUUUUAAAAUUAUGCACAGUUGCAGCCUGGAAAACUUAAGGUGGCGCCUUAUAGAAUCAAUUUUAGGAGCUUUAUUUGGUGCAUUUAAUGCAACUGGUAAUUGCAAAAUCCACUUCUGCCUGUGUAAGUGAAAAAUAUAGACUGUUACCUUGUUGGCCCUAUGAAAUUCUGCACUUGAUACUUAGUAUAUAUACUCUACCUUCAUUACUUCUGGCAAGAUGUUCUGCCUUAGCACUCAGUUGCAUUCUUUUUCCUUUUCUGUUCAUUAUGCUUUAAUUCUGAGGACCAUAUGAUGGUAGAAUAUAUUAAAAAUUACAAAAAUUUGUAUAGGCAAACCAGUUCUUUAAGUUGAUGGCCAAAUGUUAAAAUGUUAUUUUUCAUAUCAUUUAUCUUAUCACAGUCCACUUAAUGAAGUUUGGUUAGAUUUCAGUGAAAAUUAUCUUACAGGGUAGUCCCCCCCCCCGCCCCCGCCGAUGGGGGGUGUAACUUUACCACAAUUAGUAUAUAUGGUGCAGAAUUUCAUGCAAAUGAGGUGUGCCAGCAGUGUGAUAAUUUAACGUAUUUAAAGAAAAACAAAAGGAUGAAUGCACAAACUUGCUGCUGCUUAGAUCACUGCAGCUUCUAGGACCCAGUUUCUUUUACUGAUUUCAAAACAAAACAAACAAAAAAUAAUAAAAAAGUUGUGCCUGAAAUGAAUCUUGUUUUUUUUAUAAGUAGCCGCCUGGUUCCUGUGUCCUGUAAAAAGUACAGGCACUUGACCCUUGGUGUAGCUUCUGUUCGGCUUUAUAUCAUGGGAACGGAUUGGUCUGAUUUCUUGGCCCUCAUCUUGAAUUGGCCACGUACAGGGUCCCUGGCCAGUGGACUGAAGGCUUUGUCUAAGAUGACAAGGGUCAGCUCAGGGGAUGUGGGGGAGGGUGCUUUUAUCUUCCCCGUUGUCGUUUGAGGUUUUGAUCUUCUCUGGGUAAAGAGGCCAUUUAUCUUUGUAAACACGUUAACACUUUUGCUUUCUCCAGUUUUCUGUUAAUGGCGAAAGAAUGGAAGCGAAUAAAGUUUUACUGAUUUUUGA